ACUGCAUUGAGGAAAAGCUGCUGUAGAAGAAAGGGGGGUGUGGGAAGGAAAGACCGAAGAGAAGCGGCGGCAAGGAAGAAGACCAGUACAUAAUGCUUGACGCAGCCCUGAACUCGUUCGGGCCGCUGCCUGAAGGCUCCUUUGUUUUGAUAAGCGAUACGGUUGCAGCCAGUGGGGAGUUCCUCCUCCAUUAUUUUCUGCAGAAGCAACUAGCACCCACAUUGACGGCAAGCCCACGUAGAAACAGCGACUGGCCGAACGAUGGAACUGUGAAUUAUCGUAAUACCGACUCGGAUGGGACUAGAGAUGCACACCGGGUUUGUCUGAUCACUCUGAGCGAAUCCAUCUCUCACUAUAACAACGUUGCGAAGAAGCUCGGCUAUAGUCUAUCCAAGUUGUUGAAGAGCGGGCAGCUGUCAGUUAUAGACCUUUUGUCAGAGCCGUACAUAUGGCAUUCCCAACGUCAAAUGUCCUCUAAGACAGCAACUGUUUGUGGGCCCGUGCGGAUCAGGAAAGAUGAAAUGGUUUCCUCAGCUGUUACCUCGGAGGGGUUGCAGCCCACUGCAGUGGCCAAAUUUGCUGCGGCAGCAUCAAGUCAGUCCUGCCUGAGAGGUGGAUCUCCAUUCAAUCGGACUCCUGAAGUCGGCAUGCCUACAGGAGGGUCCACUUCGCGUGCGGAGUGCACGACACACAUUUCUGAACAGGACACAGGUGAGAGCGGUUUGAGAGGAAGGGCUGCAAAUGCAUUGCCUGGCGUGACACGAUUCACCUUCUCUGUGGGUUGCAAUGUCGGAGAUAGGACUCUAGAUUCAUCAGGGGAGGAAGAUGGAGAGGCGAGGCAGCACGAGCACCCAUUCCGAGUGCUGCUUGAGCAGCUAAGAGAGACAUUGGCUCGCUGGAGCAGGCGGCCAAAAGAAGGGGGGAAUGUCAGAUGCAAAGGGAGCAUUGAUUUGACAGGUCGGGAUCCUGAGAGCGUAGAGUGUACCUGUAUAGUUAUUGAUGAUGUCAGCCUGCUGCAUGUGGCUGCUGGUGGUAAUGCUGCGCACGUUCUUGACUUUCUGCAGUACUGCCGAUCACUCUGCGUUGGUGGGCGACGAUGCAGCCUUGUUGUAUUAAUGCAUGCUGAUGUCGAUGGAGAUGUUUCCGCCGGCUCGUACGUGGAGGCAAGCGAAAAAACCGCCUCUGCAUCCCUUCUACAGCACCAACUGCAGCAUUGGGCAGAUGCUGUGAUUACUGUGAGCCCGCUGAGCACAGGACAUGCUGCGGAUGUCCAUGGACAGAUCACAGUGACACACAGAGUUCGAUCCUGCCUUUGGAGAAAGGGACACUGUUCUUCUGCAGCCACUGUGGGACUGGGGAUGGAGCCAGGGCUGCGGCUGUCAUCCGGCAAUUCAGACAGGGUUGGGUGUUUUCAGUUCCGUGUCCUGGAGAAUGGUGUCCGCUUUUUCCUGGCGGGAAGUGCUUAGUCGCAUUGGUUGGAGAAUACACCACUCUUCUCUGUUGGAUUGUGUACACUCUUUCCUGGCGGGAAGUGCCUACCGUAGCGGGAUUGGUUGGACAAUACACUACUCUUCUCCGUUGGAUUGUGUCCACUUUUUCGUGGCGGGAAGUGCGUAGUGGCAUUGGUUGGAGAAAACUCUUCUCUGUCAGAUUUGUUUUUUGUUGUCUAUGAUUUCCAGAGCUUCUCAUUCAUUCGGUUUUCAAUUUCCUUCCAGUUCUCUACGUCUCCAAAGUGUAAUUUGAAC